AUGAUCAUAUUUUUAUUAUCAUAUAGUAUCUAUAUACUUUUAUUAUUUCAACAACAUAUUAUCAAUGCAUGUCCUUCUGUAUGCUUAUGUCAUGGACCUAAUGUUGAUUGUAGCAAUCGAGCAUUACAUAUCAUACCAUCUGGAAUAUCAAAAAAUGUAUUUAAACUAGACUUACAAUGGAACAAUUUAUCAAUUAUUGGAAAAGAUGACUUCAAAGGCUUUCGUCAACUACGUAUAUUAAAUCUUCAAGACAAUCAAAUACAUACAAUUGAUAUUGAUGCAUUUCGAGAUUUAAUAUCCUUACAAAAAUUACGUCUUAAUGGCAAUAAACUAAAUCAUUUUACAGAUGGUACAUUUAUCACACUUAAACAACUUCAACGAUUGGAUCUCAGUUCUAAUCAUUUACGAGUCAUUAAAAAAGGCAUGUUACAAGGUCUACAAGAAAUUAAUAAUUUACAAUUGGAUCAUAAUGAGAUCUCAUGUAUUGAACCAGAAGCUAUCAAUGGACUUCAACGAUUAGAGAUUCUCACAUUGAAUUCUAAUAAUUUAACAACUUUACCUAUGUUACCAUUUGCACAACUAAACGACUUAAGAGUUUUACGAUUACAUGAUAAUUAUUUUGUUUGUGAUUGUCGUUUACUUUGGCUUGCAAAAUAUCUUAAAUUUCAUCUAUUUCUUGGUCUUAAUACACAAUGUCAAGAUACUAAUACAUGGAGUUUUAAAGAUAUAAUAUUAUUAAUCGAUGAUGCAAAACAAUGUAAUCGUAUGGAUACUGAUGAUAUUGAUUAUACAUGUAAUGUAUUUGUAUGUCCAUAUCCAUGUACAUGUUUUAAUGGUGUUGUUGAUUGUAAAGAUAAAAAUCUUAUAGAAAUUCCAAAAAAUAUUCCAGAUACAACAAUUGAAUUACGUUUGGAAAAAAAUCAAAUUACGGAAAUACUACCAAAAGUAUUUAUUCAUUUGAAAAAACUUCGUCGUUUAGAUUUAAGUAAUAAUUUCAUUUCAAUUAUCUAUCCAGAUUCAUUUACUGGUCUUAAAUCUCUUAAUUCACUUAUUCUUUAUCGAAAUAAUCUCAAAAUGUUACCAUCGGGAGUAUUCAAUGAAUUGAAUUCUCUACAACUUUUAUUAUUAAAUGCAAAUAAAAUAGUCUGUAUACGUGUUGAUACAUUUCGUGGUUUAGAAAAAUUAAGUUUAUUAUCAUUAUAUGAUAAUCAAUUAAAAAAUUUAAUAAAUGGAACAUUUAGUUCAUUGAAAAAUAUUCAAACCUUACAUUUAGCUCGUAAUCCAUUUAUAUGUGAUUGUCAUCUUCGAUGGUUAAAUACAUAUUUACGUGAAAAACAAAUUGAAACAAGUGGUGUUCGUUGUGCUGGACCACGACGUAUGGCAAAACAAAAAUUCGGUAUUUUAAAAGAUCAAAAAUUUCGAUGUCAAAAUCGAAUGAAAUAUUUACAAAUAUUAAAUACAGCUCAAUGUGAAAUAGAAUGUCCUAAAGGAUGUAAAUGUGAUAGAACAACAGUAAUAUGUCGUGGAUUACAAUUACAAGAAAUUCCUCAUGAUAUACCAGCAUUUACGACUACACUUGAUCUUCAAGAUAAUUUAAUUAAACGAAUAUCACGUGAUGGUAAUUUACAACGAUUAAAAAAUCUUCGUAUACUUGAUUUAAGAAAUAAUCAAUUAGAAGAAAUUGAUGAUGAUGUAUUUGAUGGAUUUGAUUCACUUAAUCAAUUAUUUUUAAAUAACAAUAGUCUUCAUAAAAUAACAACACAGACAUUUAAUGGUUUAAAAAAUCUUCAAAUAUUAAAUUUAGAUUCAAAUAAAUUAACAUGUAUUAAAAAUGAUACUUUUAUAAAUGUAAAUAAACUUGAAUUAUUAUCAUUAAAUAAUAAUCAAAUUAAAUAUAUUGCAUCAUUAUCAUUUGAUCGUCUUCAAUUGUUAUCUGAUUUAAAUCUUCAAGGCAAUCUAUUGGUAUGUAAUUGUCAUAUGAAAUGGUUAAAACACAGUAAAAUCCUCUCCGAUCAUCCCGAAUGUAUGUCACCAACAAAAUUACGUAAUAUUCCGAUUGUCAAUGUUACUGAUGAAGAUUUUAAUUAUGAAGAACAAUUUUCUUCUCGUUCUAUUUUAGCUACUGAAAUUGAUGUAUGUGAUACAUCUUAUUCAAAUUCUUGUCCACAGAACUGUACAUGCUAUAAUCGUAUUGUACGAUGUUCACAUGCUCAAUUAAUUCGUAUUCCAUAUGAAGAAAUACCAAUAUAUACUGAAGAACUUUAUUUAGAUUCAAAUAAUAUAGAAGAAAUACCAUAUGAAUUAACUAAUCAUCUUAUUUAUCUUUUAAGAAUUGAUUUAAGUUAUAAUAAAUUACAUUUUAUACCAGGAAAUUUAUUUUCAAAUUUAACACGACUUGAAACAUUAAUAUUAUCCUAUAAUAAAAUUCAAUGUUUGGAUUCAAAUUCAUUUAAAGGUUUAAAAAAUUUAAGAAUUUUAUCAAUUCAUGGAAAUGAAAUUUCAACAAUAUCAGAAGGUACAUUUAAUGAUUUACCAAUUUUAUCACAUAUUGCACUUGGUAGUAAUCCAUUUUAUUGUGAUUGUCAUCUUGCCUGGUUAUCAUCAUGGAUUAAAACAGACUACGUUGAACCUGAUAUAACUGAAUCAAAUAAUUAUCAACAAAAAUGUAAUCCUUGUUUAAAUCGUAUCAAUCUUUGUUCUAACCAUGGCACAUGUCGUUUGUUAUCAAUUGGAAAAUAUAUCUGCGAUUGUUUACCAUCCUAUCAUGGUGAACAUUGUGAAAAAAUUAAUAAUCCUUGUUUUCAUAGUCCAUGUAAACAUCAAGGAACAUGUCGUGUACUUGCUAAUGACCGUUUUCAAUGUCAUUGUUCAUCAGGUUUUAUAGGUUCUCAAUGUGAGAUAAAUAUAAAUGAUUGUAUAUCAAAUCAUUGUCAAAAUAAUGGAACAUGUAUUGAUAAAAUUAAUGAUUAUUCAUGUUCAUGUUCACCAUUAUUUACUGGAAAAUAUUGUGAAAGAAAAUUAAAUUGGUGUGAUAAAAAUUUAAAUCCAUGUAAAAAUAAUGGACAUUGUUUAAGAAUCGAUAAUGGAUAUAAAUGUGAAUGUCCAUUAGGUUUCGAAGGAAUAAAUUGUACAAAUAAUAUCAAUGAUUGUUCUAAUCAUACAUGUCAAUAUGGUACAUGUAUUAAUAAUAUGAAUGGUUAUACAUGUCAAUGUGAUAUUGGUUUUACUGGAAAAUAUUGUGAAACGAAAUUUCAACGUAAAUCAUCAGUAUUUAAAAAUAAUCAAACUAAAACUUUAUCAAAACGAUGUACACCUGAAAUUUGUUCAAAUAAUGGUAUUUGUUAUGAAGAUUCAUUAAAGAUUAUUCGAUGUCGUUGUUCUUCGGGUUUUAUUGGUGAUUAUUGUAUGAUAUUAAAAACUAUUCAUUCAAAUACAAAUAAUUCAUAUAUUAAAAUAUCUAAGCCAAAUAUAUAUCCAUAUUUAAAUAUUACAAUGAUUUUUAGUACAGUGCAAAGCAAUGGUAUACUUGUUUAUUUUGGAUAUGUAGGGCAUAUUGUUGCAGAAUUAUUUAUGGGAAGAAUACGUGUUAGUUAUGAUAUUGGAAAUUCACCUGGUUCAGUUAUAUUUAGUUAUGAUACAGUACAUGAUGGAAAAAUUCAUGAAUUACAAUUGAUUAGUAUUGGUCAAAAUUUAAGUUUAAUCGUUGAUAAAAAUUAUUCAAGAUUUAUUAAUAAUCAUGGUAGUCGUAUUUAUAUGAAUACAAGUGCCAUAAAUGCAUUAUAUAUUAGUGGUUUACCAAAUGAGUUAUCUGGUAGAGCUCUUCAAUUAUGGCAUAUUCGUGAAGCAACAUCAUUUCAAGGUUGUAUUCAUGCACUUUAUAUAAAUAAUGAAUCAAUCAAUUUUGCUGAUGUUGAUUAUCGUCAUAAAAUCUUACCUGGUUGUGAAAUAAAUGAAGUAAAUCAAUCUUCAUGCACUACAACAACCUGUCAACAUGGUCAAUGUCAACUUGAUGGUUUAACUUACAAAUGUGAAUGUUUCAAUGGAUUUACUGGAGAAACAUGUAACGAAGUAAUAACAUCAUCAAUAGCAUCACCAUUGAUGGAUUCAUGUGGUCUGAAUAUUCAAACAGGCUAUUAUAUUGAUCCACGAACUAAAUGUAGGAGUGUUCGACGUUUACGUCUGACAAAAUGUUUUGGUACAUGUCCAUCUAUAUUCAAUAAUGAAACAUUAUCAUCAUGUUGUAAACCGAUCGAAGCUAAACGCCGAUAUUUUCGCAUGACAUGUGCGAGUGGUUUUACUUAUAGACAAUCGCUGGAAUUUUUUAAAAAAUGUACAUGUUUGAAUAGUGUAUGUUAA